AAAAUAUUUUCUUUAUUGGCCUAAGAGUUACAACACAGUUAAACAUCAAAACAUUUACGAUUGCUUUUUCCUCCACCUCAACCGGAGAAGGACUUCCUUGAAAACAGUGGUUAAAUACAAAACAUCAAACUUUAAAAUGUUUUAAUACAUGUUUUAGUGUAAACCUCCAUUUCAAAUUACUUUUUGACACAGCUGUUAGUGGUAAUGUAAAAAAAAAUAGGGAACAUUCUUGGGGCAUUGAAUUUUUGCAAAAAAAAAAUUUAGGAGGGUGAUGAGUUGAAACAGGACUUCUGGUUUCAUAUUGACACUCAUGCUGACACUUUGUAGCAUAUGUAUACUGUCCUCCAGGGGGAAUCAGCUACAACAUGACAAAACAGCUGUAAAUGGUAUGUUGGGCGUCGUCAACCAUCUGGCUAAAUUCCUGUGGUCUUCAAAAUCAUAUAUCGCUUUACUUUUUCAAUACAUUUUCCUGUAAACAGUAUGUUUGAAGCCUAGAUCUGGCCCGUAUCCAGGGCAUAUAGAACUCACAUUUGGUCCACAUGUGCUGUGAAAUAAUGGUAACUAUAAAGUCCUGUCCUGUUGGCCAGAUGUGAGCUACAAACAAGUCUGAUAUACAUAUUAUGUGAGCCAUUUACCUCUAUUCUCAAUCAACUGAUAAAAUACUUUUUUUCUUUUGGAUCUUGCAAAGCAUCCACUCACUACAGUCGCUUAAAUGUCCCAAGGAGGCUCUGCUGCCCCACUUUGAGCCACAACUUUAAUGUAUCACGAGCUACCGUGUCUGACCUAAAACAACUUAUUAUACAACAAGGAUAUUCAACAUCUUUCAAUCUGCUAGUACUGCAUCUAAAAAAUAACAUCAGAUGCAUAACAUCGCUUUAAACUGGGGCGAGUGUAGAGAUUACAUUGGUUUUCUCAGUGCCCCUUGAUAAUUGAUAAUUAAUUUAUGUUGUCUUAAUGAAGCUGAGUUUAAGUUAAAAAAAAGUGUUUGUAUUGUUAACAUGUUGUUACAGUGAACUCCCAUUGUCCAUUGAAAUAAGAUACAGUAACUUCUGAGGAAGACCUUCAAAACACGUCAUGGUAAAAAAAAGGAAAAGAAAAAAAGAUCCGAACUAAGAUGAACAUUUUAGGAGCCUAUUACCUGGUAAUCUUCAAAAAUAACAGGAUUUGUGGGAACACCACAAAAACAAACUUGAUAGUACACUUGUUUGAGGGAUAUGAGGUGAUGAAAAAGUUGUCUAAUCCCUUAACACUUCUCUAAACAGAUGAUAAAAUGAACACUGUCUCAAAAGCUGCCUGUUGGUUUUGUUGGGGACAAAUAUGUCAUAUAAGGUUUUGACCUACCUGCCAUUUGAUUUCAUUUGCUUUGUGUCUUGUGAUGCAUGUCCACAAACAAAUUCAAAUAAGCAUUUUGUGUCUUGUGUGUAAAAUACUCCAGGCCAUGUUUCUGUGCCAGCUUUAGUUAGCACAGAACCAUGAUCACAUGGGUUAACAACAAAAUAACAAUCUUACACAACUAACAAGCAAACAAGGCAGUGUCUUAUUUAGCAUACUUACCCAAAAUGUUGUCAACGUCAAGAUCCGUAAUGUUUGGUUGCAGCAUAAAUUGUUGAUAUAUCAAAUUAUGAAAGUGUACAGAAUAGCUCUACUUCUCCACAUUUGCCCUGCAAAUCGUCACAUUGGACCAUAUUUAGUCUAUGGAAGUGCAAUGACUGGCCCCCAAGCCGGACUUUGAACAUUUGUGACCUGCAGGAAUCAAGCCACUACUGAUUCAAGCCCACUUCUGUUUAUUGACUUCCAGUUACUUCCGUUAUUAAUAAAUGGACGGAAAAACUCAUUCAUCCCUGCCUCCAUUGUUUUGUUUAACAGCUUAUUAUAAGUGAUUGUUUACAGUGGCUGCUGCUGAAACGUGGCUUCUGCACAGCACCGCCAGGAGAUCAUGAAGAUAACGUUGACGGUCCUCAUAUCGUAGCGCACCAGGAUGCGGGUGAAGGGCAAAUCCACGUCGUGGACGUUAAGGGUUCUUAAUAAACAUCGGGCUUUUAGCUCAGUGCCGUCAUCUCCGUACACAUGCAGCUGCAGUCAGUCGCGCUCAACGCGCAAGGUUCACUGGGAAAUGGAGUAUUGAAUUAAGUGGAAAUUUCCAAGAUAUCUGUUCAACGAGUGAGUGGAAAUUUACUCCGCGUCCCUCCCCCCUGUAAUAUGCAGAGUCGGCUCUGCCUCGCAGGCUGUUUUGUUCAAAGUCAACCAUGUUAUUCUCAUCUGACUGCUAAGUCUACUGACGUUUUUUCUAUCCAACUUUGAGAACAGAGAACACUUAUUGUAUGUUUGUGCUGGUGAAAACACGCAUGGACAUUGUUAUAAGAUUGUUGCUGUUCUUAAUGUAGUAGGGAUCCUGCACAGUUUUACACUUCACUGAGUGCUAGUGUAGAAUUACUAUGUUUGUAUUAUAAACUUGUGUAACUGAACGUGACACAUGACACACAGGUUGUUCUUCUCAAAUGAAACACUUGAGAGCCUAAAAGCAAAAUCCCAAUCCCUGCUUGCACCUUUUAGUUCGUUUGCAUACAAACUGCAUUGUGUCUUCAAAUGUUAUGAUUCAAAAUUUGCUCAGAAAGGACAAUCUACUGAAAAGAAAAAACAUAUUAAGAUUUUUUAAUUUCCAUAGAGCAGGAGCCAAGACGUGCCGGUGCUAGUGGUAGGCAAUGAGUUGUGUUUCCUCCUGAAAAAAACAAAACAAAAAAACAACCCAACAACUGCCAAAAACAUUUCACUCAAAUAACAAACCUGUUUUCCACCAGUUAUGUUAACUGUAAUGUCAAAAAGUCAAUUCCUUGCCAAGUAGAUAGAUAACUGUGGUGGAGUAGGUGUAGCAGGAUUACUAUUACAAACGUUGUCCGUCAGAGAAAUAACUUUCAGUCAGGAAUUGAUGUGUUUGAAAAUUAUAUCAUUGGUGAAUUUAGUAUCAGUUUGUAGGCAAACAAUAUUUGUUGUGUUAGGUUUAAAAAGACGGGAGGAGUGUUGGUGACCAUGGCCCGGCUCUCCCUACUCUCGAUAUUAAUUAUUUAAAAUCAUUGAGGUCCAGGAUAUAUUGCUGGACACAAAUUCUCAAAGGUGUUUCGCACGUUACACGUCAUUGGUGGGCGGGGGACUGAACCGACGCCUAUAAGGAGGAGAGGCUGCGUUGUUAAGGGAGCACCGCGGAUCCACUGAGAUGACAAGGAUCUGUCAAGAUUUGAUGUUAACAACCAAAGGAAUCACUGUGCGUGUGUGUGCGUGUGUGUAUGACUCGUCUCAUGCGCACGGAUCAACUCUACAUCUUCAUUCACAUCUCCCGUGCCUGUGUCCGUGGGGUGUCUCAGCAUCUUUAACGAACGUUAGCAAACACGGAGUGUUAAGUCUAGAAGCCUAGAACAUCUUCUUCUAAAUCUAGAACAACCUCAGUGCUGGUGGAUAAGCCCCCCUGAAGCACAUCUAGUGAAUUUGAAUUGACGGUGGAUACUUCAGCUUCCAUCCAGACAGCAAACCAAAGCAGAGCAUUUCUUUUGCUGCUUUUUUAUUAACAUAUUCCAUAUUUUUGACCACAAACAUUUUUUUUUUUUUUUUCGAGAGUGUACCUUGCACUGUAAUCUGCAAAAAUGCGUCAAUCAAUGGAAGCAGCAGACAUAGCUGUGGUAGCACUGUAUUUUGUCCUGGUGCUUGUCAUUGGGUUUUUUGCUAUGUGGAAGGCAAACCGCAGCACUGUGAGUGGCUACUUCCUGGCUGGACGUACCAUGACGUGGAUAGUGAUAGGUGCGUCCCUCUUUGUGAGUAACAUUGGCAGUGAACAUUUCAUUGGCUUGGCUGGAUCGGGAGCAGCGAGUGGCUUCGCUGUUGGAGCAUGGGAAUUCAAUGCACUCCUUCUUCUGCAGCUGCUUGGCUGGGUGUUUAUCCCUGUCUACAUCCAUUCUGGAGUCUACACCAUGCCCGAGUACCUGUCCAAACGUUACGGGGGCAACAGAUUAAAAGUUUACUAUGCUUUCUUGUCUGUGUUAAUCUACAUAUUUACCAAGCUUUCUGUGGACCUGUAUGCUGGAGCUCUGUUCAUUCACGAGUCGGUAGGGUGGAACAUUUAUCUGUCUAUUAUCCUUCUCAUUAGUAUAACUGCAUUGCUCACUGUCACUGGAGGACUAGUGGCAGUACUGUACACAGAUGCCCUUCAGGCCGUGCUGAUGAUAGGUGGUGCCCUCACCCUCACCAUCAUCAGUCUAAUCAAAGUUGGUGGGCUGGAAGGAGUCAGAGAAAAGUACAUGCAGGCAGUUCCCAAUGUUUCUGCAAUUAUCGCAACUGGAAACUUCACAUAUACUAAUACCUGUCGUAUCGACCCCAAACCAAACUCGCUGCGUAUGCUUCGUGGUCCUCUAGAUGAAGAUAUUCCUUGGCCAGGUUUUAUUCUUGGUCAGACACCUGCAUCUAUUUGGUACUGGUGUACAGACCAGGUCAUUGUCCAGCGAGUACUGGCAGCCAAGAAUCUUGCUCAUGCAAAGUGCUCGACGCUCAUGGCUGGAUUUCUCAAAAUCCUCCCAAUGUUUGUAAUAGUAAUUCCAGGAAUGAUAUCCCGGAUCAUGUUUGCGGACGAGAUCGCCUGCAUCGGGCCAGAGCACUGUAUGGCUGUCUGUGGAUCCCAGGCCGGUUGCUCAAAUAUUGCCUACCCUCGCCUGGUCAUGGCUGUGAUGCCAGUAGGUCUUAGGGGUCUGAUGAUGGCGGUCAUGAUUGCUGCCCUGAUGAGUGACCUCGACUCAAUCUUUAACAGUGCCAGCACCAUCUUCACCCUGGAUAUCUACCAGACCCUCAGAAAGAAGGCAUCACAGCGUGAGCUGGUGAUUGUAGGACGACUGUUUGUCGUGGUCAUGGUGGCCAUCAGCAUUGCCUGGGUCCCAGUUAUCAUUGAAAUGCAAGGUGGACAGAUGUAUUUGUACAUCCAGGAAGUAGCUGGCUAUCUCACUCCACCAAUUGCCGCGCUUUUCCUGCUGGGCGUAUUUUGGAAACGAUGCAAUGAGAAGGGCGCAUUCUGGGGUGGCAUGACGGGUUUCACACUUGGUACCACACGAUUGGUUUUGGCUUUCUUCUACCGCCAGCCCCGCUGCGACCAGCCAGACAAUAGGCCUUCUUUCAUCAUUCAUGUUCACUACAUGUAUUUCGCUGCUGGGCUGUUCUGGCUAUCAGGUCUGGUGGCGGUGGUGGUCAGUCUCUGCACCGCUGCACCAGAUAAAGACAAAGUUCGCACCACUACAGUCUGGGGCCUACGCCACAUUGAGCCAUUACCGCCCAAAGAACGAGAUGAGAUGCACAGACUGACUGACGAGAACCAUUGCAGCAGUGACGGAAAGCUCCAUAAAGAUAUGCCCACAGACAUCAGGAAUGCAAGGUGUUUGGACGGGGGCGAUUUCAAACUGCUGGUCCCAGCCGUAGACCACGAACCAGCAACGCCGACAUCAGACACCUCCGCCUCUGCAGAGCAGUUUGGUAAUGAAAUGGUGGAGAUGAUGAGGGAGGGGGAUGGUUGCCACGGGAAUGAGGAGAGCAGCAGGUGCACACGUUUGCUGGACUGGCUCUGUUCAUACAACAAGGAAACACAAAGUGCUGAUCAACAGUCGUUGGAGAACAAUGCCAGGCUGAUCGCAGAGAUGCUGUACGAGCCCCCUAAAGUCAAAUUCUUCCUAAAUUUGGGUCUGAUUUGUGUUUGCUCCGUGGGCAUCUUCAUGUUUGUGUAUUUCUCACUUUAGCUCAAUACUGCACUUAACUGAUGGAGACGACAUAGUGACUUUUUUUUAAGGUUUAUAGAGGGUUUGGGUGGGUGCUGUUAAGAACUUUCCAGAGACUGGAGAAGCUCCGUCUGUAAUAUUUACAGUUGUGUUUUGUAGCUCUCUAACAGGGAACUCAGAUACUUCUAAUCAUGUUUUUUGAAAACUAUUAAAGCUCUUCUUCACACCGACUCUACUCAUGGCUACAAAGCUUGUUUGGCACUGGUGUGACUAUUUUGUAUAGUGCUUGAUGUUACCUUCAGAAUAUCUACUGGGAUUUAAAAACUGUAGUACUCCAAGUGAAUUUAAUAUUUGCCUUAUUUGACAUAUGCACUUGCCUUUUUGUAGGGUGAAAUUGUUUUGUGUGGUUGAUUUUUUUUUAAAGUUCUGAAUACUAUCAGGAUCAUUUUGUUUUACAUUAGUACUAUGUUGGUUGCUUCGUCUGUUUGGUUUUGUUGUGAUUUUUAUGUCAGAAUUUAAAUAUUAUCCAAAAUAGUUUGUUGUUGUUGUGCAGCUAGUGUUACAACAUGAGAUUAUCUUAGAGACAGUAGUAUAACAACAGUCUUUUCUAGUGUUGCUGAUAUCAAAGUUCAAGUCACUGGUUUGCUUUUAUCAACAACUUGUUAAUAUUAUGGUUAUGAUGUGCACAUAUCUUGGGAGAUUUGAAGCCCUGUUCAUAUGUCGGUAGAAAAAACAAUUGGCCAUACUUGGUAUUUAGCGAUGCUUAAACAUUCGGCUGAUUUUAUCUUUUUUUUUAAAUUAUUUUUUAUUGACUAUUGAAAUUCCUGCACUGCAGCUUUCAUUCACUAAUAUUACAAACAAACAGAAACGCACCAAUGACACUGUAUCAAUGUGUACUUUUCCUUCUCGCCUCUGUCACUGUGUUAAAACUCUCUCUUCUGCAUUAUAUUAUGGGCUAUAAUACAAAGCUGAUUGGCUCUCUCCUUAUUGUUACUGUAAAGUACAUGUGUAAAGUGUGUCAAUAUUUUGUAAACUCCCUACCAAACGUGUCUUAUUGUGUAAUGCUAAAGUGGAAAAAUACAGAGAACAAAAAGUUUUGUUAGGUGCAGGCUUUGGGGUUGAGUCAGUACAUUUUCACAUACAGUAUAAGUGGAUGACGAAAAUGCACAAGUGACAUAAUCUCUGCGACGUUCGCUGUAAAAUUGGCACAUGGCAGGAGUUCACUCAAGACUCUUUUUAAAUUAAUAUACAGUAACCAGGUUAUUAUAGCUAAUUUCAGUUGAUUUUUUUUUUCAUUUUACAAAAAGCAGGACAAAUGAUGAUAAAAUUGUAAAAUUUGUUCAGAAUCGUUCUUCCUUUAUAUCUGUUUUUCUUUUGUAACUUGAGAGCAGUGUUGAAUGACCUCAGUUCAAAAAAUCACUGUCAUAAGAUGGAUAAUUGCUGUAUGUCAAAGAGCUUUACAAGAAAUGUUGUUCUUUCUGAGGGAAAUACUGUACAUUGUUAUUUUUAAGGAUUUAUUUUUAGAACCUGAAAAUAAAACUUCUGUGGUGACAAAGACAUGA